CUCUGGUGUGCAUAACGCCAUAACGCUAGAGGCAAAGACGCUACUCAGCAUAGCCCGUCUUAAAGCAGUCAUGUUUACACAGUUUAACAACCCAGAUCCUCGGAUUUGCAUUCAUAUUGGUGCCUUUUCAGUUUAUUUUGUCUCUGCGCCAUGAGUGCGAGCAGCUCAGAAAUGUAAUGCCUGAUAGGAAGAGUAACCUAAAGUUCAGAGAAGACUUGUGAACGGACUGAACACAUGGGAGUGCUGCAUGGAUAAUUCCUCGCAACUUGUGCGCCAGUGUUCUCGAGCAAGGCACCUCUAACUGCCGUGUUUGAAGACCGCUGUUUAUUUAUUCCGGGUAGAGCGUCUAGGGAAAUGGUGGAUCUGCUUUCUCUCGACUUUCUCUGGACAGGAAGCACGAGUGAUUAUCCCUCAGUCGAGAGAGCGGAUUUAUGUGGCAUACCACUCGGACGGCUGCGCGUGCUCACGCUGAGCCGCCGUGCAGAGGUUUGAGGCAGAGACCCUCCUGACCAUCACACAGGGUGGGGUGCACCGAGGAGCUCCGUCCCCGUGCGCCGCCACGCCCCCGCGCUUGGCGCUGUCCGGUGCUCUAGUGCUGAACGCUGGGUGCGAACACAAUAAACUGCCUGCAGCGCUGUGGGCUUCCUGCUCGCUGCCGUGUUACAUGGAGCCGAAAGGCGGAUCUCCCAGGAUGAAACAGCUUAAAGUUCAGAGGGCUCUCCUGGAAGGACCGCACCGUGGAUGGCUAUGAAGGAAAUGUUUCACAAGUGUGUUUCCUUUCUUUUUUAAGGGUUUCCUACCAACCCCUCUGAGACGCUCGGGGGUACAUAACUUGCCACCAACAUGAUUUGGGGUGUUUUGUUAUGCUGCCUUCUGACGCCAGCUGCUGGAUAUGAAGCACAGGAGCGACUGCCUUUCUUCCACGGGCAUGUUUUUGAGAACUCACCGCCGUGUUCUAAAGUAAACGGACUGAUUAUUCCGGUGAGGCGCAUCACCGCGCAAAAAUGGUGCCCGGUCUCCGGAAUGCACUUCAAACUGUAUGGAAACGGCAGUGAAGCUUUCCGAGCCUUCGCCCACCACAAGCGGGGAAAUGUAUUGCUCAGAACUUCCAGGGUUUUAGACAGAGAGACUCGCUCAGAAUACCUGCUGAGCUUAGGUCUGUGCUGCCAGACCUGCGCACCUGGGUCUAUCGUCUUCGAUGUUGCGUCGGUAAAAGUGGACGUUUUGGAUACCAACGAUCACGAACCGACUUUUCGCAGUGCAGACAACAUUCACAUAAGUUUACAUGACACCACUGCCCUCCGUAGUGUAGUUUACAGGCUGGAGGCUGUCGACGCAGACAGCGGAAAAAACGCAGAGUUGACGUAUAUCUCUGUCCCCCAAAAUGGCAGUUUCUAUGUUGUCCCGAAAACAGGCGAAGUUUUACUGGUCGACUCAAUCCUGGGGCUCCCUUCUAAAGUCAAAUUCUGCGUUUAUGCCAGAGACCACGGAUGGCCCCCUCUGACCAGUAAAGCAGUGUUGGUUACUGUCGCUCCACAGCGGUGGGCGACGCGUCCUGCUGAAUUAGCGGGGUCAGCGAGGGCAGGGCGCUCGCCGAGGGCAUUACUUGACCCUGGCACCGUGGUUUCUCUUAACGUGUCUGAAGACGCCAGCAUCGGCUCGGUCAUAACGAGCCUGAGUCCCACCAGAUUUCAAUCAGCCAGCUACGAGUUGAUUUACCCGGAGUCAGAGAGCUCUCCGGUCAGCGUGGGCCGCGACACCGGAGAUAUCACAAUAACGAGGAGGCUGGAUAGGGAGGCAGAGCCGUUCGUGGAGCUCACUGUAAAGAUUCAAGAUAAAAGAGGCCCAGACUGGUACCUGAACAAGGUGAAGUUGAAGAUCACUGAUGUCAAUGACAACGUCCCUGAGUGGAAUAUGAAGCCGUACCCCUACCUGGCUGUUGUAUCCCCUGAGGCCCCUGCGGGAACGUUUGUCUACCAGCUCCAGGCUCAUGAUGGGGAUGAGGGUAAAAGUGGAGAGGUGGAAUACUUUUUGUCAGAUGGCGGUGAUGGCUGCUUUGCUGUUGACAAGAAGACAGGCCAGGUGGUGACCACAGGGCUGGUACUUCAGAGGGAGAGAGAGUACUUGUUAAGUGUGGUGGCCCUUGACGGCAUGGGGAGCCGCAGUGCCCCUGCCAUGCUCUCUGUGGUGGCAGGAGCUAGAGCGCCGCAGUUCACCAAUACAAGCUAUGCCAUCUCAAUACCAGAAAACACACCUGAGGGACAGCCCUUCCUGGUGGUGUUUGCUAUCUCCUUCCAGAAGCAGCAAAUCAGCUAUAGCCUGCUGAUCAAUCCCAGUAGCCUUUUUAGCAUUCAGCAGGAGACGGGGGAGAUCAGUCUGACCAGGACACUGGAUUAUGAGAAUGACCAGCGACGCUACCUUCUGAUGGUGCGAGCCAGUGAAGAGCCAGGCAGCCUCAGCACUGCAACUGAGGUUCAGGUGUUGAUAACGGAUGAGAAUGAUUGUGUCCCAGAGUUUCUUCAGUCCAUCUAUAGUGUGGAUGGAAUCCCUGAGACUGUAACCACAGCAACAUCCCUGCUGCAGGUGUUAGCCACGGACUGUGACUCAGGGUUAAAUGCUGAACUCACCUAUUACACCCUGAGCCCGGACUUCAGCAUUUCACCCCAUGGGACUGUUUUCCCAGCGAGACGGCUUGACUAUGAGAGGCCUAAUCAUCUGUAUGAGUUUGUGGUGAUGGCGGUGGACAGUGGGGACGAACCUCACUCUGGCACCGCCACCGUCCGUGUGAGGAUGGCGAAUGUCAACGAUGAAGCCCCCGAAUUCUCCCAGCCUGUAUAUCGGACAUUCGUUUCUGAGGAUGCAGGCCCCAACACCCUGGUUGCAACAGUUCUGGCCAAAGAUCCAGAUGGCGAUGGUAUAAUCUACUCCAUAACAGCAGGCAACGAGGAAGAAAAUUUUGUCAUUGACAGCCAGAAAGGAUUGAUCCGUCUCCGCUCGACUCCCCUGCCCAAGCUUCAAGGCUUGGAGUACGUCCUGAAUGUAACGGCCACAGAUGACAAUGCAUCAGGCGGACCACACCCUCUGUCUUCAACUGCCCGGGUCAUCGUUGGGGUUGACGAUGUCAAUAACAACAAACCUAUAUUUGAGGAGUGCCAGCAAUAUCGUGAACAGGCUUCAGUGCUGGAGAACCAGCCAACGGGGACUUUUGUGUUGCAAGUGCAUGCCGUGGAUGCAGAUGAGGGGGCAAAUGGAAAAGUCAAAUAUGGCCUAAUGCACAGAGACAGCGCAAUGCCUGCCUUCAGAAUCCAUCCGGACACAGGCGUGAUUGUGACAGCCCGGCGCUUCGACAGGGAGCGGCAAAGAGAGUAUUCGAUCACAGUAACGGCCACUGAUUGGGCAGAGGAGCCACUGAUCGGCAUCUGUCAGCUAACCAUUCAAAUACUGGACCAAAAUGAUAACAGCCCCAAGUUUGAGAAUUUGCGCUAUGAGUAUUUUUUGAGGGAAGACACUUUGGUCGGUACCAGUUUUCUGCGUGUGGCUGCUCACGAUGAUGACUUUGGCACUAAUGCAGCUAUCACUUACGCCAUGUCUCUGGAGCAGCCUGAGUACCUGCAGGUCAACCCCAUCACUGGAUGGGUCUAUGUUAACCAGCCCAUCUCACAGCGGACCUAUAUUACAAGGGAUAUCAUAGCAACUGAUGGUGGGAAUCGUAGCACUUCUGUGGAGCUGGCAGUCACCAUCACCAAUGUGAAGAACCAGCCUCCACAGUGGGAAAAAGAAAACUACAGUGUUGUCAUCCCUGAAAACACUGCCAGGGACACACCCAUAGUGACAGUCAAGGCAACGUCUCAGUUGGGUGACCCAAGAGUGACCUACAACCUCGAGGAUGGGAUGGUCCCUGAAACCAACAUGCCCGUUCGUUUCUACCUGUCUCCCAACCGGGAAGAUGGUUCUGCGUCCAUUCUGGUGUCCGAGCCACUGGACUAUGAGACCACACCAUUUUUCUCUCUUCAGGUCCGGGCGCAAAAUGUGGCUGCAGUGCCUCUUGCAGCUUUCACAAGAGUUUAUGUGAAUAUUACAGACGUCAAUGACAACGUGCCGUUUUUCACAUCCUCCAUCUACGAGGCCUCAGUGACCGAAGGAGCCCAGAUAGGGACUUCAGUUCUGCAAGUAUCCGCCCAUGACAAAGACCUGGGCCUUAAUGGAGAGAUCACUUACUCUCUGCUGAGUGACAGCAGUGGUGACCACAAUCUGUUUCGUAUCGACUCAGAACUUGGGAUAAUCUACACAGAAGCUGUCUUUGACCGUGAGGCCCGUAGCUCCUACUUACUGGAGGUUCAGUCAGAAGAUGGCCAAGAGUCCGCUCGACCUGGGAAGAACAAACAGCCCAACACAGACACAGCGUAUGUGAGAGUUUUCAUCAGCGACGUCAACGACAACAAGCCGGUGUUUGCUCAGCGACUGUAUGAAGUCGGCGUUGAUGAGAAUGCAGAUGUGGGCCUGGCUGUUGUCACUGUUAGCGCUAAUGACGAGGAUGAAGGGGCCAACGCCAAGCUGCGCUACCAGAUAACAUCUGGCAACAAAGGUGGUGUGUUUGACAUCGAGCCAGAGGUUGGGACAAUCUUUAUUGCACAGCCAUUGGACUAUGAGCAGCAGAAGAGGUACAAGCUUCUGAUUCUCGCCUCAGAUGGGAAAUGGGAAGAUUACGCUGCGGUGGUAGUUACUGUGGUUAAUAAGAAUGAUGAGGCGCCUGUGUUUUCCAUGAAUGAGUACUACGGAUCUGUCACAGAGGAGCUUGAUGGGUCACCCGUGUUUGUAUUACAGGUGACAGCUACUGACCCAGACAAAGAUGCAGACCAGGGUGCCAUACGGUAUUCCAUUCAUGGCCAAGGGGCGGAGUCACACUUCAUGAUCAACGACAUCACGGGGGAGAUGUACGCCCAGCGCACCCUGGACAGAGAAGAGCGUGCUGUCUGGCGCUUUGUUGUCAUGGCAACUGACGAAGAGGGCGAGGGACUUACCGGCUUUACGGAUGUUAUCAUCAACGUGUGGGACAUCAAUGACAACGCCCCCACUUUUUCAUGUGCGCCUGAUAACUGCCACAGCAGUGUAGCUGAGAACUCCCCUCCUGGAACAUUAGUUGUGGAGAUGAUGGCUGUAGACCUUGAUGAUGCAGCCGUAGGCCAAAAUGCAAUCCUCACCUACAAAAUCACGGAGAAUUCACAAAACGCAGACAGUGUAGAUCUUUUCAUUAUUGAUUCCAGCACUGGGACCAUCUCUGUGGCAGCAGAGGGGCUGGAUCGUGAGCGUGCCGACACACACCAUGUGGUGGUAGAGGCUAGGGAUGGUGGCGGCAUGACGGGUACAGCUACCGUCACUAUAGUGGUGACGGACAUCAACGACCACGUGCCAAAGUUUAGAGAGGACUGGUGCGGUGCUCGUGUACCUGAGAGCACAAAUGAAGAUGCUCCUAUCCUGGAGCUGAGUGCUGUGGAUCCUGAUGCCGGUUCAUACGGACAUUUGGCCUUCAGUGUGACGGCAGGAGACUCUGAGCAGAGAUUCUACAUGGUUAGCCACAGACUGGAGCAGAGGGGCACUCUGAGGCUGAAGAAAAAGCUGGACUUUGAGCAGCCAGGGGAGCAGAGGUUUAACCUCACCAUCAAAGUGGAGGACACUGACUUUUCCAGCCACAUCCAUUGUCUGGUUCUGGUGGAGGACGAGAAUGAUAAUGCCCCUGUUUUUACCCCAGGCUCGUAUCUGCUGUCUCCUUUGCCUGAGGAUGUAACUGAAGGAACCAGCGUCAUCCAGGUUGUGGCCUCUGACUCCGACUCUGGUCCAAAUGGUGACAUUUCGUACAGUAUUCUCCCCGAGUCGGACCCGUAUGGACAUUUUGCAGUCAGCGGUGCAGGUGUGGUCACAGUCGCUAGGCCGCUGGAUCGAGAGACAGUGGCAGGUUAUGAGCUGGUCGUCAUGGCGACAGACCGGGGUACCCCGCCGUUGAGUGGCAGUGUCACGGUCCGCUUGCCAUUGCUAGAUGUGAAUGACAACGGGCCAGAGCUGGAGACAGCCUACAUUCCCAUGCUGUGGGAGAACAGUCCAGUGCCUCAAGUGGUCUGGCUCAAUAGGAGCUCAACUCUUCUGUAUGUCACUGACAAAGACUCCCCAGAGCAAGGGCCUCCUUUUUAUCUUUCCCUGCCCUCCGUGUACUCUACUGACUUCCACCUACAGGACCAUGGGAAUGGCUCUGCCACGCUCACCGCUCUGCGGAGAUUCGACAGAGAAAGGCAGAGUGAGUUCCACUUGCCUGUUAUUAUGAUUGACAGCGGCGAGCCACCGAUGACAGCCACAAACACUCUCACCAUCACUAUUGGCGAUCAUAAUGAUAACGCCCAUCAGGCAGGAGAGAAAGAUGUCUACGUGCAUAGCUACAAGGGAAGGAUAGCGAAUGCAGCACUGGGGAAGGUGUAUGCCCCAGAUCCAGAUGACUGGGACAACAAAACCUACACUCUGGAGACGAGUGCAGCUAAGUACUUCAGUGUGGACCAGAGCUCAGGAGAGCUCAGCCUGCGACAGAACGUUCCAGGUGGCAGCUACUGGCUGAGAGUUGAGGUGUCUGAUGGCGUGUGGCCUGAUGUAAUCUCAGGAGUCAGAGUUCAUGUCUGGGAGCUGGAGGAAAAGGCCAUCCUAUCGUCUGCCUCACUGCGUUUGACCGGCAUUACAGCAAAAGAUUUUAUCGACUCUCGUGUCGAGGGGAAGAGUCGGCUCGAGGCUUUUUGGGACUUCCUGUCUGAAACCUUGUCCGUCAGACCAGGGAGUAUCAACGUUUUUAGCAUCGCGGACAGAGACGAAAAAACUGUGGACAUCCAUUUCUAUGUGCUAACUGAUAAUGGCUACCUGCGCCCAGAGAAACUGCACGGUGUCCUCGCCGCACAUAAAAAGAAGCUGCAGUCAGUAUUGCGUGCGAAUGUGCACCAGGUGCAAGUAGAUGAGUGCGUGCACACCGAUUGCAAGACAUCCGGUGGCUGCUCCACACAGUUAAGCAUCAGUGACUCAUCCACCUUGAUAGACUCGGGUGCUUUAUCCCUGGUCUCAGUGAAAGUAACAUCCUUGGCUGUGUGUGGCUGCGCUGCCAGAGAAAUGACCCAUCAACGCUGCUCUUCCUACUCCAGUAACCCCUGCCUUAAUGGGGGAACCUGCAUCGACACUCAGAACGGAUACAGGUGCCAGUGCCCCCCACAGCUUGAGGGGCCAGACUGUCAGCAGAUGAGAGUUAGUUUCCUUGGCAACGGCUAUGCCUGGUUUCCCCCCAUAAGGCCUUGCUUUGAUAGCCAUCUUUCACUGGAGUUUAUGACUGAGGAAGAUGACGGACUGCUACUGUAUGCUGGCCCGAUGGCCACUCUUAUGCCUGGGGACAGUGAAGACUACAUGGCCAUAGAACUGAUUGGAGGGACGCCUAGCCUGAAAAUUAACCAUGGUUCUGGGACCUUGGUGCUCCAGUUAACAAAUAAUGUCGGGGUGGCUGAUAGACGCUGGCAUCGCCUCGAUGUGAGGAGCAACAGUAAAGAAGUGCGCUUUACUCUGGAUCGAUGUUCCACUGCAAUUGUCAUGGAGACAGAAGGCGUAGACUCGUGGGCAAUGACAGAGGACCGCUCAUCCUGUGAAAUCCGAGGAGUCACACCCAACAGGGGAAAGUAUUUCAAUGGAAGUCAUGUUCUGCAGCUCGGAGGGAUCAAUGAGAACAUGUCAUAUGAAUAUCCCCAGCUACAGCACAAACACUAUACUGGAUGUAUAAGGAACCUGCGUGUGGACAGCAAGCUAUAUGACCUUGGUUCCCCUGCUGAAUCCUCCAACACAUUGCCAGGCUGCACUCUCAUUGAUGACCACUGUGCCAGCCUGGAGCAGCUUUCCUCUUGUAGCAAGAGGGGUCGCUGUCAUGGGGACUGGGGAUCUUUAAGCUGCCUGUGUGAAAAAGGCUUUACGGGGCCACAGUGCGAUCAAGUGGCUCGAGAGUUCUCCUUUGACGGCCGGAGCCACAUUCAGUUCCAACUUCUUUGGUCCCUACCGGCGCGACAGACUAGUGUCGAGGUUGGGGUGCGAACACGUGCAGCCACCGGCGUCAUCCUCAGCCUGCUUUCCCAGGAGCAGAACGAAUACCUACGUUUAGAGGUUUUUCAGGGUCAUCUGGCUGUUUUCUACAACCUUGGAGAUGGAGACUAUAACGUCACACUGCCCUACCAUCGCCUGGAUGAUGGAGAUUGGCAUGAGGUGGAGCUGUACCGAUAUGGGAGAGAGUUCACCCUGCGACUUGACAGAGGCGGAGGACGGCGAGAGGUAACGGCCUCACCUGGACAAAGUCAGGAGAUCAUCAUUGACCCUGCUGUGGUGAUGCUUGGAAACUCUUUUCCCUCAGGACAUAACAGGAGCUUUGUGGGUUGCUUACGGGAUUUGAGGUUUAAUGGCCGCUCCAUCUCCCUGGAUGAGGAGCAGCCUUCAGAGGGGAUUCAGGUGGUCACUUCACAGGGGGUCUCUGUCGGCUGUGCUUCAGAUGCCUGCAGGAAGCACCACUGCUCCCCUCCCUUGGUCUGCAUGGACCUCUGGAGACACCAUGAGUGCAGGUGCCCCCCAGGCCAUAUAACCAAAGAGGGCUCUUUGGGGAAAGUUUGCGUCUACACGCUCUGUGCCAGCCGGCCUUGUCGCCACGGCACCUGCGUGGCUCACUCUCCGUCCCGAUACUCGUGCCACUGCAGUGAGGGUUACCGGGGCCGGCACUGCGAGGUGACGCUUGCCAUGUUCCACGAAGACAGCAACAGCCUCAGCCUGAGCUCCAUGUUCGCCAUCAGUAUAUGUGUCAUGGCCUUUCUAGUGUUGAUGCUGGGCCUGUUUCUCUACUCCUGCUGGAGGAGACACAAGGGCCUAAAGGAGGGUGUGUACCAUGUGUCUGCGCAUCACGGCGAGUGGGAGGACAUCCGAGAGAAUGUGCUCAACUACGACGAGGAAGGUGGAGGAGAGCAAGAUCAGAAUGCCUUUAACAUGGUGGAGCUGCAGCGCUCCCUCCAGCCAAGCCCAGCUCAGUCACUCCGAUAUAGUUAUCCUCAAAGCAUCAUCUCCUACCCGCAGACUAAGCCCAUCCAGGACAACAACAAAAAUGGCACAUCUAAUGGAAACGGCAGUGCCGCAAUUGCUCUACGUCUGGCAAUUCCCCCUUCAGAGACAGAAACCUUGCCGUCCCCUCUGACCUUCCGCCGCUCCCAGAAAACCCUGUCUUUCUCCAGCCAGGACUUGGCCCGCUACCUGUGUGAGGUCAUCAGGGACAUGGAUCACCCUGAGGAUCUCGGCACAAUGACCACACCACGUCGUCCCGCCGGAAAGGAGCGCGGCCUCGCGGGUGUGCGCUCUCUCAGCUCCCUAAGUGCAACUCAGGGUUCAGAAGUCAGACUUCAGGCAGCCCAGAGCACUCGGCUGGACAGGUUCAAAAACCUCCGAGCUGUGGUUAGUGAUUUAAGAAGAGACUCCAAGACUCCGGAGGGCCAGAGAGACAAACUGAAGGAGAGCAGGGGGCAGCCGAACUGCGAGAAAAGCGGAUGAGGUUGCACUCACAGAAACAGAACUGAAAGUUGUGAAAAAAGCAACGGGAAUCAAAAGUCGUUGGUUGAAAUCCAAAGGGAGAUAAUUAAAUGUGAUAUACUUAGAGACUGGGAGGUUUUCCCCGUGGUCUCUGUGAAGUCUGCUAUAAAUGUACUGUAUUGAUGAAACUUUGAACAUUUAUGUUCUUUGAUAUGAACCAUGUUUACCAAUGAAUGAUCAGAUGUGAUGUAUUGUUUAUUUGGCAUUGCACUGUACAGUAUUUACUCUGCAGAAAGCACUUUUUGGAAGCACUCUGUGUCAAAACUACUCAUGUCAUAAAACUCAUAAGAGUAACGUCUGAAAGCAAGACUCCAAAUGAGUUUCCUGUGAGAUAACUUUUUUUUUUUUGCUGUCAAUGACUCAUGAAAUUAAUUAUGUGAAAAAAAAACAAUUUUGUUUCAUUUGUAUUAUCUAUUUCCUUU